AUGGGUGGAAUCUGUUCUAGGAAGAGACAAGUUAUAGAAGAUGAUUUACACAGGGGAGUAUCUGGAAGGUACUGUAGAAGUGCAAUCACAAAAUGGUUAAGAGAAAGAAGUUUACGUUCUAGGACAAAUCAUUUUCUUGGAGUGGGUACUUUUUCCCCUCUUAUGGAUUUAUGCAUAAAUAAGAUGCGUGAGGAUUUUCAUAAAUACCAUAUGUUUUCAAUUCUACCAAGACACAUAAGCCAGCAGAUCUUCAAUGAAUUGGUGGAUUCUCAUUGUCUUACAGAAGCAUCUCUUAAUGCUUUUCGUGAUUGUGCUCUUGAGGAUGUUUACUUGAGAGAAUAUCUUGGAGUGAAUGAUGAUUGGAUGAACGUCAUUGCUUCACAAGGGUCUUCUUUACUUGCUGUUGAUGUUUCUGGCUCUAAUGUGACCGACAGUGGACUGCGACUCUUAAAGAAUUGCUCAAAUAUUCAAGCAUUGACCCUUAAUUACUGUGAUCAAUUUUCUGAACACGGACUCAAACACAUCAAUGGUCUAUCAAACUUGGCUUCAUUGAGCAUCAGGAAGAGCUGUGCUGUCACACCGGAUGGAAUGCGAGCAUUUUCCAACUUAAUUAAUUGGGAGAAGUUGGACCUUGAGAGGUGUUCAUAUAUUCAUGGCGAAUUUGUUCAUUUUAAAGGUCUGAAAAAGCUCGAGUCUCUUAAUAUCGGAUGCUGUAAAUGUAUUACGGAUUCCGACAUGAAGGCUAUCUCAGGUUUUAUUAAUUUAAAGGAGUUGCAAAUUUCCAACAACAAUAUUACUGAUCUUGGGAUUUCUUACUUAAGAGGUUUGCAGAAGCUUGCCACAUUAAAUGUUGAAGCAUGCAAUAUCAUUGUUGCAUACUGUGUAGAAAAAGAGAAGAGAAAAACAUCGAAUGACGAGGAGGGGCACGUUACUGCGAGAUCAGCAGCGACUUCUGCAAGGACAGGAAAAGGAGUCUCUCCUAUCGGCGGAGAAGUCGAAGCGGACGUUGAGGCGGGAGGCAAACUAGUACAUUGUGAUGGACCGUUCGCUUUCAUGGCCGACGAUCUGUUGUGUACAACUGUUGAGAUAAUGGGAAAGAGCACCUAUGGAACAAUAUAA